CCUUGUGGAUUUAUAUGUCUCAUAUUAACUUAUUUCAGCGUAUUUUAUGCGGAUUAUGUGGUCAUUCAGUAUGUCCUCAUUCCUGCUUACUCGGGAAGGUACGUCUUCGGGAAUGCUUCUUUUCGAGUUGCUGCUUAGCGUUGAUAUAGCUAACGUUAGCACAGCUAACAGUUUAUAUUGUAUAUUUGUAUCUUACUAACGUAAUAAUUAUAAACUGCUGUUGCCAGCGGUUUCGUUUCAUGGUUUUAUGAUGUCUUGCGGGAAUUAUACUUUCAAUACAGUCAGCGGCAUUCGACUGGCAUCCUUUGUGUAGGGUGCCGUCAAUCGGAUGGUCGAUGAACAGGUGUCCUGACUCUCUGUGGUCACCUAAGUUCCAAUGGCAGUUAUCGUAGGGUUGUAAAACCCGAUGUCCAGGUUACAUUUCUAGUCUGGUCGUCAAACCAUCGCUACUAAAGUGUCCCCUGCGUCCAGAAUGCAAAUUCACCGCCUCUCUCUAGUUUCCCAGGAAGUUUGCUGGUAAUUAGAACGUGUUCUCAGUUGGCUCAUCCGGGAAUAAUAAAUAAAACAUACAACCAGGAAAUGUGUUUGGUAUUUGGCAGGUACAGAGGAAAUUGGCUGGCCAGAUUGGUAGCCUUCUAUUUACGUCGUUGUUUACUCUUGAGCAACAAUGUGCUGGCAAGCCUUGAACACCUAAAUCGUAGCCCGUCCUUGGCGAAGCAACCGUAUGUGGUGUACACUUCAUGGGUCUGUAUUCAAUGUGAUUCUCCUGUUGCUGCUGGCCUGCCACUCCAAAGCCGUCUUCUCUGACCCGGGCAUGGUUCCGCUUCCAGAGACAGCAAUAGACUUCUCUGAUCUGAGGUCGCAGAAUUCACGCAUGAACGAGAGGGGCUGUGAAGGCUGGACUGUGUGUAGUCGUUGUGAGACGUAUCGACCUCCCAGAGCGCACCACUGCAGAGUGUGUCAACGAUGCAUACGACGUAUGGACCACCACUGUCCCUGGAUUAAUAACUGUGUUGGAGAGCUGAACCAGAAAUACUUUAUUCAGUUCCUCUUCUAUACAGGUAUGGCCAGUCUGUACUCCAUGGCCCUGGUGGUGUCGGCCUGGGUGUGGAGGAUACGGAGCGAAAGAGAAGGAGAAGGAGAGAAAGAAGAGGAGUCUCCCAGCAAACACCUGAUUGUAGCUCACUACAUCAUUCUGCUGGUGGAGUCGGUGCUGUUCGGUGUGUUUGUCAUGGUUAUUUUCUACGACCAGUUGGUCUCCAUAAUAACGGAUGAGACUCCCAUAGAGCAGAUGAGGAAUCGCCUGAUGAAGGACAGGUCGUUGACCGGCAGCACCUCCUCCCAGCCCCCAACUCACAUCACGCACACCCGCAAGCCCAAGCUAGCCCUGCUCAGGGAGGUCUUCGGGAGGGGUUCGGUGUUCUGUUGGCUGUUCCCUCUACAUUCCAGCCCCCCCACAGUUGGUGGAAUCAGCUACUCAGCUGUACCGGAUUACAAUGUCUAACUUUGCCACAACCUUCACACAACGUUAGGAAAACAUUACCUUCCCUUCAACGUUAUGGUUAUGUUGUGGUUAUAUUAGGAUUAAGGUCUCAUAGGUUACGGUGACAUUUUUGGUUGACCAACGUUCCCAAAACCUCCCCUCAUCGUUACAGGAUCAUUUCUAAAAUGUCUGAAUAACGUUCCUUGUUGGAGUUAUGGUACAGUCAACAGUAUUUCUGGAAAACCCGGGUCUUUGGCGAAUAUUACUGUGAUGUUGAGUUGAAGUUUUUAUUACAUACAUUUUACUUGAAGGUUAGUGAAACAUCAUGAGUUGAUUUUAUGGUAAUGUUGAAGUGAAGGUUACCAUACGAUGUUACAGUACAAAAAUGCAGUAUAACUUUACACCAACUUUCAGGUUGGAGUGUGUAUUUAUACAAAACCACUAAAUAUUCUAGUGAUGUAUUCUAAUUUUUAUUUUAAACACACUAACACAUAAUACACACAAACACAUUACAAUACACAGACACAAUAUUUGUAUAUCUUUGAAGGGAUUCCUUUGGUUCCUAACUGUGAUGAGAGAAGAUCAAACUUAAAAUUAUUUAUACGUACAGAUAGAUUAACCAGCCUUCGAUCUCUACUCCAAGCUAUGUGUGUUUAAACUUUUUACUACAUUCUACACCUCAGGUUCAAAUACAAUUGCAUACAUUUCAAUAUUUGGAGUAUUCAGUAGGAACAUAGUUGGGCACAUCAACGGUUUGGUAGUUUGGACACAACAUUCUGCUGGUUCCAACCAAGCCCAAUUAAAGUAUUUAAAAUGAUUUCAGUUAGCAUUUGAAAUGAUUUCAGUUUGUGUUUGAAAUGAUUUCAGUUAACAUUUGAAAUGAUUUCAGUUAGUAUUUGAACCCCAAGUGUGUAUUUGAGCCCCUGGCAGACUUGGCCCACCGGCCUCAGAGCUAGUCGGCCAGGCCGCCGUGUGCUGACUGUACAUACGCUGUAACUGCUGAGUUGACUCUGUACAUACGGAUGUAUUUUAUAAUGUCUUCUAUUCAAAUGAAGGGAAACGAGGCACUAAUCCCAAAUGGCACCUUUAGCUAGAAAACUACUUUUGAUGAGGGAACUCGGGCCGAGGGCACCAAGCGAGUGAGAUUUAGGUUUUACCUUUCAGGUCGUAACACUUAAGACGACAAGGACAGGGAAGCCCUGAUCCAGGAUCAGCCUCGAACUGAGGUGAUUUGUCACGCUGUGGUUGUAGAUGUGUUUGUGGGGCCGGGGGCGUGGGUAGUGCAUGAUCUGGGGAACGGGUUGUGGGGCCGGGGGCGUGGGUAGUGCAUGAUCUGGGGAACGGGUUGUGGGGCCGGGGGCGUGGGUAGUGCAUGAUCUGGGGAACGGGUUGUGGGGCCGGGGGCGUGGGUAGUGCAUGAUCUGGGGAACGGGUUGGCAUUUGGGAUGCCCCCAUGAAAACGGGACUGGUUGGCCUCUAGAUUGUUUUGGUUGUUUUUUUUGGUAACAAUUCGGUGUGCCAAAUGACACCUUGUUCCCUCUGUAUUCAGGGUUAAGGGUGACAUUUGGGACAAAAAGUUUGAAACUUUUAUUUGCUGACAGAGGAAUGUAUGUAUGUAUGUAUGUAUGUAUGUGUUUGUACAAAGGAGAGAUCAUGUUUCAUGAUGUUUACAUUUAUUUAUAUGUUGAUACUUUGUUGAUUGAUAUUUAUUGUGAAUCCGUCCCGACUGGCGCUCGGUUCUGCGAAUCACGGCCUGGUCCUUAUGUACCUCACUUCCUGUGAAAGGAUUAGUGUGCCUGUUUUGAACUACAGUACGGUGUGUUCUCAAAAUGCUGCUGGCGUUACAGUGCCAUGUGGAAGUAGAAGAAAAAACAUGUCUCAAUCUGGACUGGAAUCUGAUAUUUUUUGUGUGUGGUAUUUGGAAUGAGAUGGGGGUUUGUAUUACUGUUGAUAUGUGUUACAUUUUCCCUAAAGGGAAAGUAUUUUAUGGGGGGGGGGGGGGGGGGAUUUUAUCCUUGUUAUUUGUUUUGCCGUUUGAUUAUGUGAGUGUCUGUCAAUAACAACUGUACAAUUUAUGGUCACCAAAAUUUUACAAAGAACAUGUGACAUUUUGUGUCUCUAAGAAUGUUUUAUGUUCUGGUUCACAUUCAUGCUGAUGUUGGUUUUUGAAAAGGCUAGCGGUCAGUUGGCUCUCAUUACUUUAUGAGACUCCCUUUUAGAAUUACCCAGAACACACCUGUUGACAUCAAUUAAGAUUUUUUUGUCUCUCAAAAUUGCCAGGAUGUGUCUUGGAUCAUCCGUAUAUGAGUAAACUGUUACCAACCUUAACAAUAACACAAAUGAGGCUCAUG